AUGGGCACCAAUAUUAAUGGCAAUUUACCAGUCAGAAAUCUGCUGCUUUCUUUGAUUCAAAAGCGUUUCGUGAAAACAUCAUCUACUACACGACCUCCCAAUGCCUCAUCAUCUUCUUCUUCUUCUUCUUUUACUGUUCAAUAUCUCAUCAACUCAUGCGGCCUUCCUCUACAAUCUGCUCUUUCCGUCUCCAAAAAGUUCCAAAUCGAUGAAAAUAACCUUCAGAAGCCUCAAUCCGUCAUCCAAUUCUUGAAAUCUUACGAUUUUCAAGAUUCCCACAUUGCCAAAUUGAUCGAAAAGUGGCCCGCUGUCCUCCGUUCCAGAACCGAAGAUAAUCUCAAGCCUAAGUUUGACUUCUUCAUAAAAAAUGGCUUUGUGGGUCAGCUUCUGCCUCAGCUUGCCGUAUUAGAUCCGGUAAUUUUUAGAACGUCCUUGGAUGCUUCUAUCAAGCCAUGUUUUGAGCUUUUGAAACGAUUUCUUGAAAGUAAUGAGAAUAUUUUAGCUGCUCUUAGUCGUGCUCCUUUUUUAAUGUCCUUUAGUUUCAAUGCUACCGUGCGACCAAACCUUGACUUGUUGAAAAAGGAGGGAGUGACCGCUGAUAGGGUUGCAAAACUGCUAUUGUCGCAGCCAAGAUCUUUACAACAUAGUAAUGAUAGGAUGGUUUAUGCUGUCACUUAUCUUAAGCAACUGGGCAUCGAGCCAGACAAGACAAUGUAUAUACAUGCUCUUACAGUGAUUGCACGAAUGAGUGAAUCUGCUUGGAGGAAGAAAAUUGAUAUGUUUAAGAGUGUUGGGUGGACCGAAGAGGAGGUUUUAUGGGCUUUUAAGCGAUUCCCUUAUAUAUUAUUAACUUCAGAGGAGAAAAUCCGGAGCAUGAUGGAUUUCUUUCUGAAUAAGAUGAAGUUGGAACGGCAAACUAUAGUUGCCAAUCCUGCGCUUCUUAAAUACUCUUUUGGCAAUAGGAUUCUUCCGAGGUGCAAUGUUUUGGAGGUUUUGAAGUCAAGGAAGCUGAUUAAAGGAGACACAAACAUUGCUACUUUUCUAAAAUUAAGCGAGAAGGAUUUCAUGGAGAGAUGUGUUGCCAAGUAUGAGGAUAAAGUUCCUGGUUUACUGGAGAUGUAUGGAGGAAUUGACAAAGGAAAAGGAUGAUAAUGGAUAGCAAUGAAGAUGAUGAAGCCAAAAAACUGAAGCUGUUUUGAGGUCAAACUCAGAUAUCCCACGGUUAAGAGCAAAAACAUGCUGAAAACCUUUCCUGUUGGGCGAAAGGCUUGACAAGCACCAGCGUACGCUUUGCCGGACCUCCCAUCCUUCAAAUCAAGGACAGUUCAAAUUUGGCCCUUCAACUUUCAAGACUCCUUGGAUCUGGGGCCAUGAUCGUGCAUCUAAGGUAAUCCAAAAACAUCAAAAAAUAAAAUAAAAAGUGAGCGGGGGCACAAACUAAUGGUGCCCAAGUCUGAACCUUGGAAGACUACAUGAGGCUGCCCUUUAUGUUGUUGUAUUGUGCUUGUUUUCACCUUGUACAGAUAUUGUUAAAGUGGAGACUCAUUUGUAAGAAUUACACUCCUUUUGUUUCUUUAAAUCAAAUUGAUUAAAAACUUCA